GCUACAUAGUGAGUUGAAGACCAACCCGAGCUACAUGGCAAGACCCUGUCUCAAAAAACCAAACCAAAACAAAAAGCGAGAAAGCAUUCAUUGUAGCAGAGUGUAAUGGUGCACGCCUAUAAUCCCAGGUACUCAAGAGUCUGAAGCAGGAGGCUUACAAAUUCCAGUCAGCCUGGAGAGUUUACUGAGGUUCAAGAAGAAAAGGACCAGGGAGGGCAGUGGCAGAGUGCUUGCCUAGCCACAAUCCCCAGAACCAGAGGGGCCCUGGUACCUAAACCCUUUCGUGUGUUGUGCCUGGCUUUGGGGUUCUUUUGCUUUGUGGUUUAUUUGUUUGGGGGUAUUUAUCUUGUUUGUUUUGGGUUUUUUUAGUCGGGGGGCUGUUGAGACAAGGUCUCACUAUGUAGUUUAGGAGAAGCCGGGACAUUGAAUUUCCCAUGUGAAAUUUUCCAGUUCAUGUGUGAGCUCAAAAGUGUGUAGCGCCUUGUGCAGGCCUUGCAGCGUCCCUGCGUGCUGCCCCUGCCGUUGUGCUGGCUUACCAGGGACUCAUCCAAGUCAGCCUGGGUCACUCCUCCUGGACAGAUGUCCUCCCCUGCCUCAGUGGUGCUUAAAGGCAUGGCUUCUGGCACCUCCUGCCUCUUGCUAGUGUGAUGCCUUGUUUCUCAAGUGACACAGCCACCAGGGCCCUCCCUGGAGGCACUGUUUCUCAGGGCUGUUUGCUCUGGGGAGGAGGUGACCACCCACCCUUUGUAAGGGGGUGCUGUGGAGCCCACGGCUUGGUUCUCCUGGAAGCUGCCUGCAGCCUGCAUCUGCAAGACCUUGUUCCUGGAGCUGGAAGUCACAGUGGUCACAACCGAGAGAGCCAAGCACUUCUACAGCCCCCAGGACGUUCCUGUCACCCUCUACAGUGACACUAAUGAGUGGGAGAUGUGGAAGUGCCGCUCUGACCCGGUUCUGCACAUUGAGCUGCGGCGAUGGGCGGACCUCAUGCUGGUGGCUCCUCUGGACGCCAACACUCUGGGGAAGGUGGCCAGUGGCAUCUGUGACAACUUGCUUACCUGUGUCAUCCGGGCCUGGGACCGCAACAAGCCCCUGCUCUUCUGCCCUGCCAUGAACACAGCCAUGUGGGAGCACCCGGUCACAGCACAGCAGGUGGGCCAGCUCAAGGCCUUCGGCUACACCGAGGUUCCCUGCGUGGCCAAGAAGCUGGUGUGUGGAGACCAAGGUCUAGGGGCCAUGGCUGAGGUGGAGACCAUUGUGGAUAAAGUGAAAGAAGUCCUCUCCCACCACUGUGGCAUCCAGCAGAGUUGAACUGGGCCUUCUGUUACGGACAUCACCCUGCCUCAGUGUGUUUUCAGGCUAGAAGGAAGGAGGAGGUCAGCCGAAUCUGGUGAAGGCUCCAGCAUUUGCUGAGGAGACGUCUGGCCUGGACCUGCUUGGAGCUUUCCUAGAGACCCAACCUGCUCCAGGUCAGAUUGGACUAAUGGCUCAGGCCCCACCUUCUUUCAACAAGAGCUGCCUGCUUACUGGGGUCCCUCCUUGUCCCUUGCUGGAAUGGGCUCAGCAAGCCAGGGAGGCUGUCCCUGUUCUCCUGGGAGGGGAGCUCAGGGACUGAGACAUCUUGAUUCUACCUUUCUCUCAGGAAUUGGUUUUGGGAACACCAUGGCUGGAGAUUACUGGCAUGGUGGCCCUGGACAUUCUUUGGUGGGGAGCCAAGAUGCCACACAAAAGUGGCAAGACCGUCUGAUUUCCCACACACCACGCUGCGAGAUUGGGGGCACUGGAAAAUAAAUAAAAGUGACCUUGUAGCAGA